AGUUACUUUCGUCUGCAAAUUUGACCUAAUUAUGCUCUUUACGGACAACGUUAAGAUAUUUUCAAGAUUUCUUAUAUGGCGCUUUUCAAUAACACAGAAAACGUAAAUAUUUCAAAGCUACGAAAAAACUUCGUAUUAACGUCAACGAUAACGUCCGUCCUUCGGUCUGUGUCUGGUGUACACUAUAUCUUAUGAUACGUUGGGUGUAUAUUGCAACUAAAAAUCCGCGAUGACGUUUUGCUCAUUUGAUGUCGAAUCUGAUACAAAAAACGAAAUGGCUGAAAGUUGAAGUUUGGUAUCGGUGAUGAAAUAUUCUAUGUAAGAAGUCUGUUUAUACUUGUUGUGUUGACAAUAAAAUAUUUUGAAAGCUUGGUAUCACAAGAGAAAAGAUAAUACUUACAUAGAACCAAUAAAGAACAUUCAUUGGGCAGCGCCAAGAUUCCUCUUGGAUCUUUUCAUGUCAUGUUCCAUUUUAGCCAUAAAAUGUUUAUCAUCCUACUUUUAUUUCAACCAGGUACUACAUCCUUGUCGCUCAGAGGAUAUCGAUUUUUGACAACGAGCUGGGAAACAGGGGCACACAAACUUUAUUUUAAAAUACUUCAAUAGGCCAAGUCUAUACAACAAGAGGAUCCCGUGUGUCGCCGAACUCCAUCUUAUCACGCUAAAUUACUAACAGUCAUGGCUUCAAAUCUCGGCCGCUCAAUUAUCAAAGCACAAGAUCCUGUAAGGCCUAAGGGGCAUCCAAAGUGUCAGGUCCAUAAACAAAACGACGUGCUAUUAUUAUGUCGGGACUGUAAGAUGCUUAUCUGUAUAACUUGUUCUAUAAGUAGUCAUAAAGAACACAUUGAUAGCUUUCAGGAACUAACAAAUAUUAAAACAGAGCAAAAUCAAAUAAUUCAGGACUUUUUGGAUGAAACAGAUAACGUAAAAAUUCCAAAACUAAACCAGGAAAUUUUAUCUUCUCGAAUAAAAAUAUCUUCACGUAAACCUAUGUACGAUAAACUUCGCAAAAACAUCAUCGACAACAACAACGAGUGCAAAUUAGAAAUGGACAAAAUCACCGAGGAGUACAUUACUUUGUGUGAUAAGAUGGAGGUGGCGGACACGGACCUCAUCCAGACACACAUCACAGACCUGGAGAGGAGGUUGGAUACUUUAAAGGAACUCUCAUCAGAAUAUAAACAGACUCUCCAGACAGGAACGGGUGUUCUCAAGUACGACUCGGUAUCAGAAAUCCGGGAACUUGAUUCCGACAUCCCACCGACACCUGUUAUAGACAUGGCAGAGUAUACUCCAGGUAUGGACAGACAAAGUCACAUGAAACAGGCCCUCGGGAAGUUGAAAAUUCCUGCUGACCUUCUCCGGUACACACUUCCUGACAGUCCAACCGUCAUGGCCCAGUUCUCUUACCCGGAUACCAUCAAAUCGAUCUGUCCUACAUCUGAUGGACGUGCGUGGCUGUGUGAUAACACCGACACAGUAAAUCUCAUAAACAACAAAGGUCAGGUCAUACAGACGAUACGGCAGAACAGUAACAUCGAUAACAUCAGUCUGAACCCCACCACAGGUCGUCUGUGGUUCUGUUGUUAUGGUGAGAGGUCUAUCUGUGAAGUUUAUACACCAUCUACACCAGUCACAAGGUUUACUAUAAAGGAUCGCCCAGUCAGUCUGUGUGUGACCAGGGAGGGUCGGGUAGUGGUGGGUACAGAGGGUAGACAGGGGUACAAGGUGGUGAUGUACACUGUAGACGGCCAGGUGUUACAUACACACAUUGUGGAGAGGUCAGGGACGGGGGGAGUACGGUCAAUAUCACAAUGUAGUGUUACAGGUAACAUAGCUGUAGUGAGUAGUAAACAUAUCAGUGGGGACGUCAAUGAUCGAGACAACUACAGGCGUCACAUCAUUGUGUACAACCCAACACUCCAGCCUCUUGUCCAUUACCGGGGAGAGAGGAUAGAGGCCCGGGGGGAGGGAAUACAGGUACAGAAGUCAGUCACACCAGACAAGUUUGAUCCAAUCACAGUUGUAUAUGACAGUAAGGGUAAUAUUGUUAUUGCUGACAGGACAAGGAAAACAAUAGAACUGAUAAGUGGAGCAGGGAAGUACAUAAAAACACUUCACACAAACAAAGGAGGACAGCGACGAGUAGGUAUACAGAAGGGUGAUGUGUUGUGGUCACGCUUAGAGUUAGAUACAGGAAAGUGGGGAUUCAAACUCCUCAAGUAUUAUACUGACUGAGUGACUCAACCUUGAGUGAGGAUACAGACAGUUUAUAUCAGUGGACUUAUACAACAUUAACUUUAUAUUUUAUCAUCAUGGUCGACAUUUUCUUCUGAUGGAUACUUUUAUCAACAAUGUUAGACUGUGUUGACAUGUUUCUUUCACUGAACUGUUGUUCCCAUCAUAUGAAUGUGAUAUUCAUUAUUGAUUUAAAAACAAUGUUUUAUUUUAAUUACGGACUAAGAUGUGUUUAUCUAAGUCCGUGAUUUAUAGUAAAUGUAUCAAUGCACAUUUAUCUGACCGUGGGUUUGUAAAUCCAUACCGGUUUCAUAUCCACCCUGAAAUCAACAUCUCUGUAUCUGAUUGAGGUGUAUAACCUGACUUCCCUACCUCCUCCAGUGGACCGUCCAAAACAUGUUUUACCCAUAAACACUUGGUAUAAUCCUAAAACAGUAACACCACUAAGUGUAAUAAGUCUAGAAAUCAUUUGUAAAUAUCACUAUUGUCUUUAUGUAAUAAAUAAAAUUGAAUUUUGAAUUUA